UAAUUAUUAUUAUUAUUAUUAUUUUAAAGUGUGUGGAGUUUUCUAACGGCAAUAGUGGGAUCGCGAUGUUAAUAAACAUCUCUUAAAUAAGAUAUAGUUUCGAAUUCCGACAACUUCAGUUCGUAAUUCGGCCUUAGAGUCUCUGCUUCACUCGUUGUUGUCGACUCGUUGUUGCUUUUAGAAUUGUUUAGUCCCAGAAGAACACUAAAGGAACGGAUCUAUGUUCAGAGGAGUUCCAACCGUGACCAUCCUGUCGUUUUUGUGUAAAACAGACUUUAGUGACUUUUGUUUUAAAGACAGCAAGUCGUUACAGUGUGACGAAGGAAAGGAAGUUGGCUGUUGUUUCUAGCAAAUUAAUCACAUAUUUGUGGCUGUUGUUUCUAGCAAAUUAAUCACAUAUUUGUGACUGUCGCAACUGUUGUGCCAUUUAUUAUUGUUCAUCCUGUCAAUAGAUCGAAUACACCCACCAUCACAACUAUACUUUUACGACCAACCUCAAUCAUCAUUAUUAAAUACGACAUCGCAGUUAACCGCCAAACUUGCCAUACAACCACUAACACCACCACCGCCAAAACUAACAAGACCACUAUAACUAUUGUUACUACCAUCAUCAUCACUGAAUACAACCACGACACCACCGCCAAAACUACUUUUACAGCCACCUCUGUCAAUACUACAACUACCUAAUCACCACUAAGACUCACUGCUACAAUGUUUUCGUCGCUGAACUUGUGGUCGGUGCUUGGCCGACGGCCAUACCAGACUCUCCCGCCUGUCUAUCGGGAGCUGGACGUACCUUCCAUAAACAAUAACCACUACGAAAAAGAACUAAUAUCCAUGGUGAAAUUCAUCGUGCCCACCUUGUCGUACGGGCUCCACAAGGGCCAGUGCGGCCGCAUUGCUGUGGUUGGGGGCUGCCAGGAAUACACAGGGGCACCCUACUUUGCGGCCAUAUCGGCGCUUAAGGUCGGUGCCGACCUCUCUCACGUCUUUUGCACGGCCGAUUCUGCCCCGGUCAUCAAGUCCUAUAGUCCGGAGCUGAUCGUGCACCCGCUUCUGGACAAGUCCUCUGCGAUCGAGGAGAUCGGUCUGUGGUUGCCGAAAAUGCAUUCGGUGGUCGUCGGGCCGGGUCUCGGCCGUCACGGUCCCUUGCUGAGUACCGUUAAGGACGUGCUGGCGAAAACCAUAUCUUUGAAGAUACCGCUGGUUAUAGAUGCCGAUGGAGUUUACCUUCUUUCUCAAGACCCCGACGUGAUUCGAAACUACACCGCAGCCAUCCUCACGCCGAACGUGGUCGAAUUCAGCGGUUUAUAUCAGAAGGUGAUGGGACGAAAACCUGAAGUAGAUCAUCCGGUGAAUAACGUAAAAUCCCUCGCCGAAGAACUCGGAAAUGUAACGAUCGUGUUGAAAGGAGCUUACGAUAUCGUCUCGGACGGUAAGGAAGUGUUGAUAUGCAACACGGAGGGCAGUCCCAGGCGAUGUGGGGGACAGGGCGACUUGCUUUCUGGAAGUAUGGGCACUUUCAACCACUGGAGUCACCUGAAAACUACCAGCGUUAACGAAACCACCUGUAACCAUAACAAACUGCUUGCUACCUACGGACCGACCCUGUGUGCGGCUUACGCUGCUUGUGCCCUCACCCGUGAAUGUAGUCAACAGGCGUUUAAGAAACACAACAGGUCUAUGACCACCUCGGAUCUGAUUGCAGAAGUUUGUAACGUUUUCCAUAAACUCUAUGAAUAAGUGAAUGACAAACGAGCGGAGGAACACGCAUAAAAAACUGUGAACACUUCGGAUAAUAUUUUGCAGAAGUUUGUAAUGUUUUCCAUAAACUUUGUGAAUGAAUGACAGAAUAGACGAAUGAUAGAAUGACAGAAUAGACGAAUGAACUGGCAGUUAAAAGAUACAAUGGACUGUGAAUAAUAGAUCGGAUAUGGUUGUAGUUCUACGAACUUUUCGAAAAUGAGGAUGAAAGAAUGAAAGAAAGAAUAAGUGAAUGAGUAUGGCAUGGAAUGGAUGAACAAAGGUUGAGGUGUUUAAAAUAUACAGCAGGGGUAGAGAUGGACUAUAUGUAAUCUGAACCUUUCCCCCCCUUAUUUAUUAAUUUUUUUUACGGAAUCCCACGUUUUAGGCUAUGGAGAUUCCGAUUCUGAAAAAAUAUUCUUUGAAAAAUUUCAAUCCCCCCCCCCACCAAGCAGGCUAUUUACAUGCUAGAAAUAACAGCCAAAUCUCACAAAACUAGUGUUAAGGUUAGGGUCAGGGUUAGGGUUAGGGUUAGGGUCAGGGUUAGGGUUAGGGUUAGGGUUUGAGUUAGGGUUAGGUUUACCCUGUGGAUCUAUAUAAAAACCGGGGGGUGGGGAUCGAAAUUUUGAAAUUGAGAUUUUUGAAAUUUUUUUUUCAGAAUCGGAAUCUCCAUAGCCUAAAACGUGGGAUUCCGUAAAAAAAAGAAAAUAAAACAAUGGGGGGAAAGGUUCAGAUUACAUAUAGUCCAUCUGGACCACAGCAGGAUUGUGAAUAUCCUGGAUGUGACUGCUGAAAUUCUUCUGUUACACACACUUUAUGAAUGAAAGAAUGAGCGAAUAAAUAUGUCACAGAAUGAAUGAACGAAUGUGCGUGUGGUGGAUUGAAUGAUCGAAUGAGAGAAUGAAUGUGUGAGCAUGAGAAAAAAAAAACCUCUCUCAACAAGAGCUGACGAACGAAAAAGCGAGUAAUUGAAGAAAUUAAAAUAUAAAUUAACAAACAAAUGCCCUAGUAAUUGAAUGAGCGAUGAGAAUAAAGGAACAAUGGAAUGACGGAAUUA